UUGGCUAAAGAUCAAGUGAUUACCAAGUUAAUAAGACUGACUUAUUAGAGGCUGGCCCUCCCUGCGCCCGCUCAGAGAGGCUGGGCGGGUGUUAGCAGAUGCCUCGGUGACCUGCAGACUGGAAGGAACAUCAGGAACUCUUUCAUCAAUAUAAUCAACAGACCAUGGGACAAGAGGAAAGCCACACUGAGGAGAUUGAAUUAGAACAGAUUCAGGACCUGUGCAUGAUUUUCAUGAAGGAGUGUCCGAGCGGUUCCCUGCACUUACAUGAGUUCAAGAGGAUCUUCGGGAUCCCGAGCAGCUCUGCAGAGGAGUCGCUCUACAUCGAGACAAUAUUCCGCUCCUUUGACACAAAUCAGGAUAACGCACUUGAUUUCCUCGAGUAUGUAGCGGCGCUCCACUUGAUCUUACGAGGAAAUCUUGAAGACAGGCUCAAGUGGUCCUUUAAGAUGUACGACAAGGAUGGGAAUGGCAAGUUGGACAGGCAGGAGGUGAAACGCAUUAUCAGGAUCUUGUACAAAAUCAAGUUCCAGACGAGUGAUGUUGGUAUGACGCCGUCUGAAAUCUGCGACAGAAUCUUUGAGCUGGUUGAUCAGAAUGAUGACGGUCAGAUAACCUUGUCUGAAUUCAUGGAGGGAGCCCAGAAGGAUGAAUGGGUCAUGAACCUGCUGAAGCUGGACGUCAACGCCACCGGCUGGGUCAUCCAGAACUGCGGGAAACUACCAUGACCUCUCACCUUAGUGGGUUCGGCGCCCACAGGUUUUUGUUGAGGCUGACACAGAGGUGCUGUCUUCAAAGCUCGGCCGGCGUCUCCAUGCUGAGCUUCCUGCGACGUGGAGCUGGAGCUCAGUGACCUUUUUCACGACUGCAGUUCUGCCGUGAUUUUGCCUGCUGGGUCCAAAGGUCCAUGCUGCACGCCUGUGGUGGUGAUUUGGUCUUGAGUUAUCUGUUAGGGUCCGUGUAUCUACAUUUAUUAUUAUUGCGUUAAUUUUAGUUUGAGACUGAUGGCCAUUGUGGAUUUUGAAAAAAACUAAAAAACAAAGCAAAGUAAACAAAAAUCUAAUAAUAUAUA